GCGGUUUGCGUGUGGUGAACGCGAGUGUAUGUAAUGACGGAGCACGAGUGAUUUAUUCCCUGUAUUAUAGUACAUAGGGGCUUGUUCAAUUAUUGCAAACAGAGAUCGGCACUCUUUGCAAACAAAUCCCAUCGUUGACUAAAUCCCUAAGGUCCAAGUAUAUUGUUAUAUCCGAUUUUCUUACCUUAUCUGGGACGUAAUUUCCACUAACCUGUAUUAUAAGAGAUGGUGGAAGGUUGUGUAACGCAAACAAACUUGUCAUAAUCGUGAACGGUACUAUUGAGAACAUGCCAGUGCGAGUGACAUGCAUGUGACAGGUAUGGAGUGAGAAGGAUAUGUCAGUGACAAGUGAUAAGUCUCUUAGAGAGUGACAUGGAGAUGACAGGAGUGUCCGCAGCACUGGUUGUCGUCUUCCUGGCAGCUGGUGCAGCGAUCACAGACAUUGAGAUAGAGAGCGUAACAUCAUCGGAAGCAGUCAAAGGAGGGGUGGCAAAGCUGCCUUGUGACGUCAACACAGAUCUGCCCGGGGAUCGGGCUCAUCUUAUCAUCUGGUACAAGGACUUAACAGACUCUCCCAUUUACAGCUACGACGCCCGGGGCCGUAAUUCUGAGGUAGCUCUUCAUUGGGCAAACGCAACCCUCAGGGGUAGAGCUUCCUUCCGGUUCUCAGACAGACCGGCCAAGCUGACCAUCGAGGGGGUCAAGGACGGUGACAGCGGGGUGUACCGCUGCAGAGUUGACUUCAAGCGCUCGCCCACCCGCCAUUACCAAGUUAACCUUACAGUCAUAAUUCCUCCUCAGAGACUCACGGUGCUGGACGAUCAGGGAGAGCUAGUCCAACACUACAUACUUGGACCGUACAACGAAGGGGCGUCCGUGGAUAUAACCUGUUACUCCAGCGGAGGACGGCCGUUACCAAGAGUGACGUGGUGGCAGGAGAACGCACUGUUGGACGACUCGUAUGAGGCUGUCUCCGAGAGAAGGGUGAGAAACGUGCUACACUUAGAGAGGUUAGACCGGAGACAUCUGCACACCGUGUACACGUGCCAGGCCUCCAACAACAACUACGUAGCACCGAUCACGUCCGCCGUCACGUUAGACCUUAACUUACGACCUGUGAGUGUGCACCUGGAAGGAGAGAACAUGGCAAUGUCAGCCAAUCAGAGCUACGACCUAUCUUGCCGAGCCGUGGGGUCACGGCCACCACCUGUCAUAUCCUGGUGGAAGGGCAGCGUAGCCCUUAGGAAUACCCGGGAAAAGACUACCGCUGAUGGCAACGUAACUGUCAGCACUUUGAAAUUUGUACCCACCAUGGAGGAUUCCGGCAAGUUCCUCAGUUGCCGUGCCGAGACACCCCUCAUCCCAGAGAGUGCUCUGGAGGAUGGCUGGAAGCUCAUAGUCUACCAUGUACCUGUUGUUACUUUGGAGGUGAGCAGUAACGUAAAUGUAAGCGCCAUCAGAGAGGGGAUGGACGUCUUUCUGGAGUGUAAUGUCAAGUCUAACCCCUGGAUAUAUCGCGUCAGCUGGCGUCACAACGGUGAGGUGAUGAAGAAUCGACCUGGUGAUGGUAUAAUGGUGAGCAAUCAGAGCCUCGUCCUACAGGAUGUGACUAAAGCAAGGUCUGGGGAGUAUUCAUGUGUCGCAAGCAACCAGGAAGGGGAUGGCGAGAGUAAUAUUAUCAACCUACAGGUUAACUUCGCCCCCGUGUGCCAGUCUUCGAUACCAGCGGUGGUGGGCGUGGCCCGGUACGAAGAUGCUCGUAUAGUGUGUGUAGUGGAAGCCCGCCCACCCGCUGUAGCGUACCGAUGGGUCUUCAACAGCAGUGCGGCCGGCGGUGAUGUGCCGCGAGACCGCUACUCUACAGAACCUACCCGCAGUGUUCUUAGCUACAAACCUUUCACCGAGUCCGACUACGGCACCCUCCUCUGCAUCGCGAAGAACGCUGUGGGGGAACAGAAGACACCUUGUGUCAUCACCGUCAUUCCUGCUGGAAAGCCUGACGGGCUUAGUAAUUGCUCCUUGGUGAACCAGACGGUCGAAUCAGUAACAGUGGAGUGCGAACAGGGUUUCGACGGCGGGCUGCCUCAGGUCUUCGUCAUGGAGGUAUAUGACGUCAGCAGUCACGUGAUAGUAAGCAAUGUGACGUCACGAGCGCCCUGGUUCAAAGUGGGGGGUCUUGGAGGAGGACUCAGUUUCCACAUUGUGUUAUACGCCGCUAACAGUAAAGGUCGCAGCGAAGUCACUGUGCUCACAGCUAAUACAUUGAGAACUGAAGGCCGCUUGGAGGGCUUCCACUUGCAUCUUGCUUCUACCCCUCUACUUCUGCAGCUGUCCCCUCUGAUAGCCGUGGGGGUGGGGGUGGCGGGAUCCGUCCUGCUGUUGACUCUGGCAGUAGUGGGAGCCCUGAGGCUGAGACGGCGUCGCGAUAAAAAACCUGGAGACUCUACUAAACAUUCCUCAGAGAGCAACGAUAGUAUUGAGAAAAACCCGGAUAUCAUUCCGCACAGCAAUGAUUAUCAAGAGACAUGUAUAGUCGCCAGUGAAAGUAACUUUCUGCACGAUCCAAUAGAGUACGACGAUGAAGAAUUCCCAAAACACGAGUACCACAACUGCGAGGUGGGAUACUCAAUGACGAAGCUACAGCCAUUGGUUGACCUACCAAUGCUACCGCGACGGCAAGAGAGCACGGUAUAGCAUGUUUCUGUGUGUUGUUGCAUGGUCUCUGUGCUGCCACCGCUACUCGAAACAAGUUGUCAGACUGUCCUGGUACCACCACAGACUGUCACCAGGUUCUGACAAGAGUCAAGUGAUGAGUUCUGCCAAGUCUGCACCUUUAGCCCACGUGUCAUCAGACAUUGACAGACGUUCUGGGAAUUUUCAACUUAUGGGUUAGCGUAAAAAAUGGAAUUUUUUUCACUAAUUUCAAAAAGACAUUUUUCGAUAAUAUUAGAAAUAAACCCAAUAAAUCUAUGUUUUAAUGUAUUGUUCUGAUAUAUUUAAAAGGAACUGAUUUAUUAUUAUCUGUUUUAAAUCAAUGAAAUAUUAUCUUAACUUUGGUCUAUACUGCGUGACAUACGGAAUUGUAUCAUGCACGUCUAUGGUAUAGAUGGAAUUUUUAUACAAGUCUACAUAUUUAUGUUAUGGCAAAUGUGUCAAACGAUAAGAUAGUGUAGGAUCUAAUGGAAAACCCUCAUGAUGCAUUAUUGAUCGAUGCAAACUGACAUUAUUUGUUCCGCCGUUUACAUUCAGUUAUUACAUUCAGUCAAUAAAUUAAUAUGUAUGUCAAUAAAAACUAAUUAUAACGAAGAUUAGUAUUUAGAAAAUCUUAAUUUAAAACAUUUACGUAUUUUAAUAACUUAUAGUUCAGAAAAUAUAAUAAAAUUCCUUUCAGUAACAUAUUUGUCUAUUUUAUUUAAAAAUAAAUAAUAAAUCAUGCCAAAAUAAUAGCAACAGUAUCGAUUUUGAUGUUUGUUGGCAUUCAUGUAGUGUUACAAAUAAUUAUUUAUGAAAAUAUACUUUAUGAAAACACGAACUCUUUUACAUACUAUGUUCGUUGAAAUGUUAUUACACAAAACGAAUAUUCUUAGUUCUUGUAUAUUAUGUACUUAUCGGUGAAAAUUUCAGCCAUCACUCAUGUAAUUAAUUACUACCAGCAAUUUUAACUAUAUUAUUACUCGACAAUUACGUAAAGUUAUAUACUUUAGGUUUAUAUAUUAAAUUAUAUGUUGUAUAAAUAUAUUUUCUGAGAUGAUAGUAUAAGUUUUUGAUUCUAGAGUAUAUAAAUUAUUUUGGAAUUUCAAUUAUUGGUGUUAUUUGUGAAUAACAGUGUACAUUUUCUAUAUCGAAAUGCUCGUACAAUGAAGUAAGUCAUGUAGCAACAGGUUCAAGAUAACAAAGUAAAUAACUCACGUAUGAUGACUGAAACACUACUUGUUACCUCUAACGUUUUAAUAUAUAUCAAAACUCACUAUGUUAUUCUCAAUCUUUUUUAUAUAUAUGUUACAAAAUUAUAUACAACAAUACUAUAAGUCAGUAAACGAAGUUAUCAUUUAAAAGGCUGUGUAUAGAAUUUUAUAUAUUUGUACUAAAACGAUGUUGUAAUAAUAUUAGUUAAUUUAAUAGGUAAUUUAUUGAUCACGUUUUUAAACUGUCAAAUGUUUACCACUCAUUUUAAUAUUACUGUACAUACAUUGUAAAUUAUGUAAAUAUCAAUAAAGAACA